GCAUAUGCAAGCUAUCACGAAUAAAAAAAAGUUAUAAUACUGUAGCGAUACUGGAUGUGCACAUCCUGAUGCAGCAACACGGGGCAUACGUUAUAGCACUGGAGCACUGAGUAAGUUAACCCUGUCUGGCUCUUUUCCAGACAAACCCCAUCACUCAUUUAUUUCCUUGCUUUCAAGCACUGGAGCUGGAUGCACUGGAAGGAGUCAAUCAACAGCCGUAGCAGCAGGCUGCAAGUUUUGCUAAUAAACAAAGAGAAAACCAUACACAGACUGAGAUGCAGACCAAGAGAUGUGAAACGCUUAGAUCGCAUGUGUUAGUCACGUAAAGAAAGAAUGGAAGGACAGGAAAAAAGAACAUUUUUUUUUCUUUUUUAAAUGUGGCAAGAAUGAUUCUUCUCCUUCAUUCAAGAAUUGGAGAAAAUACCUGGGUAAGAAAUAUAUUUUUCCCCAACACAGAAAUCCUUAAUCUUGCUGCUAAAAGCAAAAUAAGUGAUAAACAGAGGUGCACACAGAGACAAGCUUAAGAAAAGUUACAAAACCCAAAAAACGAACGAACAGCUUUUUUUCUAGAGAGUAGUGAAAAAUCGUAUCUGAAAAUCCACCCUGCAAUGAAAAAGGAGACCAUGUUACAAAGGAUCUUCCUGGAUACCAAGUGAAUUCUACAGAAAUGCACAAGAAAGGGCUAUUGAAUUCUCUCAUCUAAUCUGCUGAAACCUGAACCUCCCUAUAAAGGGGCGACCAGACCCUGCACCCUACCAGCCAGGCAUGGACACCAGACAAGACUUUCAUUUUUAAGAUCUGGCUGCGCCCAGCAAGGCACAGGAUACAAAGUCUGGCUACAAGCUCUGACAUGGUUACUGUAUCUCAAAAUAGCAGAUGACCAAUUUACCAUACUGACCAUGCUGGCCUUUCUUCAGGACCAUCCGGGACCAGAGAGGAACAGUGAAUUCUUACACCAUACACAAUUUCUGCGCGAAAUACAACUCCUGAGCACGUUCUGCUGGGCACAAAAAUGUCCUAUCCUUUCCAUUUCUUGAACGGCUCUGGAGCUGGCAAUGGAUCUGCGUUGCCUCUCUCAGUAACGGGAGAGCCCAAACAGAGCUACCCGAAUGACGAACAAGGAAACAAAGUGCGUUGGGCAGCUUUACUGUUCCUCCUGGUGAUAAUCCCCACCAUCGGGGGGAACAUACUCGUUAUACUGGCGGUAUCUCUGGAGAAAAAGUUGCAGUACGCUACCAACUACUUUCUGACCUCCUUGGCAGUGGCAGAUUUACUGGUGGGUCUGUUUGUGAUGCCGGUUGCCCUUCUCAUAAUACUAUUCGACAAUGCCUGGCCUCUUCCAACCGCUCUGUGUCCCAUCUGGCUGUUCCUUGAUGUCCUCUUUUCCACAGCUUCCAUCAUGCACCUCUGUGCCAUCUCACUAGACCGCUAUAUUGCAAUUAAAAAGCCAAUUCAGGCUAGCCAGUACAAUUCGUGGGCUACAACAAUCAUCAAAAUCAUCGUGGUUUGGCUCAUUUCAAUAGGCAUUGCUAUUCCAGUCCCUAUCAUAGGCAUUGAAGAUGGAAAUAGCAACUCUACAAACAUAACGUGUCUCUUGACGCCGGAACGUUUUCAAGACUUCAUCCUCUAUGGAUCAGUGGCUGCAUUCUUCAUUCCCCUCACUAUCAUGAUAGUCACUUAUUUUCUGACAAUCCAAGUGCUACGCAAGAAAGCCUACUUGAUCAACAAGCCACCCCAGCGUUUCACUUGGUCAACAGUGUCCACAGUAUUUCAGCGGGACAUAACACCUGCAUCCUCACCAGAAAAGGUGGCUAUGCUAAAUGGCUCCAGAAAGGACAAGACUUUGUCCAAUGAUAUGCCUGUCUGCAGAAUGUCUACAAUCGGGAGGAAAUCCAUGCAAACCAUCACCAAUGAACAAAGGGCCUCAAAAGUUCUGGGGAUUGUAUUUUUUCUUUUCUUGCUGAUGUGGUGCCCAUUCUUCAUAACAAACAUAAGUUCAGUCCUGUGCAAUUCCUGCAACAAGGAAGUUUUUCAAAAGCUCAUGGAAAUAUUUGCUUGGAUAGGAUACGUAUCCUCAGGAGUGAACCCUCUUGUCUAUACGCUCUUCAACAAAACAUUUAGGGAAGCUUUCAGCAGGUAUAUCACUUGCAACUAUCAGACCACAAAGCCUGUCAAGGCCCUUCGGAAAUGCUCCAGCAGGAUCUCUUUCAGAAAUUCUGUGGCAGAAAAUUCCAAGCUCCUUGUUAUGCAUGGGAUGAGAAAUGGGAUUAAUCCCAUUAUGUACCAGAGCCCAAUGAGGCUGAGGAGCUCACCUAUCCAAGCAUCAUCAGCCAUUCUGCUGGACACACUGCUGCUCACAGAGCAUGAAGUUGAUAAAACAGAAGAACAAGUCAGUUAUGUAUAGUGGAAUGACAGCGAUGUCCAUAUCAUAGUAUUACUGUAUGUAUUCUAGGUAACUGUGCUAUAAGAGGGUAUAAAUAAUAUUUUUCUUUUUGUUAUUUAUGCAAGCAAUAUCUCAAAUUUGUAUUAAUUCCUCUCCUCCAAAGUCUCCUCUACUUUAACCCUAAAUUCCAUGAUAGCAACCACAAUUGCAUUCCAUGAUAAACAAUGACUAUUGCAGAACUGUAGUCUACAGGAAGAGGGAAAUAAAUAAAAGAAGCUAAAUCAAUUUGAGUAACUGACUUAGUUCUCAUCUUCAGCCUCUUCAAAGUACAUUUUUACAAGACAGCCAUCCCUGUACAAACACUGCUGUAACAUUCACUUUGGCAAGAAGACAGAACUCUCAACAGGUCGAUGAUACUCUACCUAAGACUAGAGUGAUGAAACUAACAGGCAAGAUACAAGCUUGCUGGUUUUGAUUUAACUGCACAGGCUAAAUAAAACAGCAUAUGAGGUCA